AUGCCAACUCCGCUGUGCGAAAAAGGGGUGCUAUCGGCGGCCAAGGAGCAGAAUGAGCAAUACACCGAGAUGGAGUCUGGACUGAGAGGGGGUGUGCAGCUGCGAGGAACCAUCAGCCAUCGUUCCCGGCGAGAUGUGAUGGGCGUUUUGGAGCGGGUGGAGAAGGUGGACAUGGGAGACGGACUCGGAGAGCGGGAAGUUAUCGUCAUUGAUUGGACGCCCAAUGAUCCAGGCAACCCAUUCAAUUGGUCUGAACCGCGCAAAUACAUCAUCGUCUGGGUAGCGGUCCUCACCACAAUGCUCACGGCGAUGAACUGCACGUCGGUCGCCAUCCUCACCGCUGCUGGAGGACCCGAGCACUUUGGCGUCAAUCGAGAAUCCUUCGUCCUGACCUUGACUCUCUUGCUCUUGACCAUCAGCUUCACACCGCUGAUACUGGCGCCCCUUAGCGAGACGGUUGGUCGCAAUAUGAUCCUCCAAAUCACCUCGGUCAUCACUGCUCUCUUGUUCCUCCCACAAGCUCUAUCCAAAAAUUUCAGCCUCAUGCUAGCGGUCAGAUUCUUUCAAGGAAUGUCCAGUUCAGUCGGAAACUCGAUGGUACCAGGAACUAUUGCCGAUCUCUUCCAUGCCAAAGAUCGGGGCAGCGCCAUGAAUCUGUUCGCUUUGAUGAUCUUUGCUGGCCAAUCACUCGGUGGUGCUCUUUUUGGGUACAUUGCGAUGGACUGGGGAAUCGCGUGGGCGUAUGGCGUGAGUGCUUGUAUCCUCGGCGCAUUCUCUUGCGUUCUCAACCUGAUCGUCCUCAGGGAGACAAGAAGUGAUGUCCUGCUAUCUCGGCGGGCAAGGCGGUUGACCAAGGAAUCUGGCAAGUUGCAUCUUUGCGCCGCAGAUAUCUCAAGACAAAGCUUUUGGACGGUCAUGUCUAUAUCGCUUGUGCGACCGCUCCAGUACCUCGUUACAGAGCCGAUCGUCUCAGCCCUGUCUGCAUGGAUUGCUUUCGCCUGGGCUUGCGUCUUCCUCGGCGGCACCUCGAUACUGCUCGUCUUCCAGGAGUAUGGCUGGAAUUAUGGGCAGCUGGGCAUGAUUCAAAUUACGGUCCUCAUCGGAGGCAUCCUGGGCGCCAUCUCCAACCGACAUCAAGAGUACCUGUUCCGCCGCUCCGCACUUAAACCGGGCAAUAACGGCCGCUCUCCACCUGAAGCUCGCCUGUACUGGGCAGCUUACGGCGGUCUCAUGUUCCCGCUCGCCAUGUUCGUUUUCGCAUGGACAGGUCGACCUUGGAUCCCGUGGGCUGUUCCUGCUGUAUGUCUCAUCAUCGCCAACUGGGGGAUCUACAGCAUGUAUGUGGGAAUCUUCAAUUACAUUGCGGAUGCGUACGAGGUGUACUCUUCCUCUGCACAAGCAGCUCAAAGUUUCUGCCGAAAUAUGGCGAGCGCGACUUUCCCCUUGUUCGCACAUCAAAUGUACAAAGGCCUGGGAUACCCGCAGGCGACUACCCUGGUUGCCUCGGUCGCUCUUGCCCUCGCUGCCGCCCCGCUUCUGCUCCUGCGGUAUGGCAAAGUCUUGCGAGCGCGGAGUAGAGUAGCCAGUGCGUUGGAGGGGUCUGCCGAGAUCGCCGAGGAGACCGGGCAUUGA